AUGUUCCUCAUUGAACGAGCACACAUUGCAAAUCUGGACUACCUUCGCAGACGCGAUGAUCCUAUCUGGAUUCUAUCCACAGCUUGUGUGGGUGUCUUUGCUUCCUUCCUGCUCGUCUGGGCUUUCUUGAACCCGGUCGCAUAUAUCGCCAAUAACGAUGGCAGAUGCCGUAAAGGCAUUCCUCCUGCAGUCGUCGCACCGCUCGAAAUCUACGAGGUCGUGACUUAUGUCGUCCUCACCGGAGUCUUCAUUGUCAUGCUUCGACGCACCAGACGUACAGAACUGUUCCCACCAGUCCCUGAGCGCUUCGUCACCUUUAGCAAGAGGUUGAAUCGAUUGAGCCAUGUUGCCAGACCUAGCAGUAUCGUCAAAGGUGCUGAGGUACGCGAGGAAGAGGUCGAUUCUACUGCAAGUGGUAUCGUCCUACCUGCUUCCACAAAACCCUGCAAGCUUCGUGGUUUGGCAUACAAGUCGUUGAUAGGCACUAUUCUGAUCCUCGGCUGGGGUGUCAUCAACUCCACAAUCUUCUACGUCACUGGAGGAAGAGAACACGUCUGGCUUUGUUUUACUCAGUGCAACAUGGACAGUAAGUCUUAUUCUCACACUUCGCUCCUACCCAAGUAUCAUUGA